UCCCGCGGCCGGGGGACUGGCAACAUGGGGCGGCGGGCGGCGGCGGCGGCGGCCCCGAAGAGACCCUUCGAGGUGAAGGUCAACCGGGAGAAGUUCCCCGUGCUGGGGCGCAGGGCUCGGCACGCGGUGGGUCUGCCGGGCGUGGCGCGCUCCCGGGCCCACGCGAAGCGCCAGCGGACCCUGCGGAGGGAGUACCAGGACAGGGAGAAGCGCAGCGUCUUCAGGGACCGGCGCUUCGGCGAGUACGAUGGCGGGAUGAGCGCGGAGGAGAAGGCCGCGCGGAGGUUCGCUUUGGAGCGGCAGAAAACGUUUGAAAAGAAGAAUGUGUAUAAUCUCAAUGAAGAUGAAGAUUUAACUCACUAUGGUCAUUCUCUAGCAGACAUUGAAAAACUUAAUGAUAUUGUUGAUAGUGACAGUGAUACUGAAGAAAAAGGAGUAUUAUCAGAGGAAUUAACAGCGUCUCAUUUUGGAGGACUCCUUUGUAAGAAAAAACCCAGAGAACAGCAGAAUGAAGAGGAUAAAAAUCCCAAAUCACGGAAAGAACUUGUUGAAGAGUUGAUAGCAAAAUCCAAAUGGGAAAAGAGAGAGCGGCAGGCUCAGCGGGAAAAUACUCUAGAGCUUACAGAAAAGCUUAACAGUGAUUGGAAAGAGAUCCAAGCCUUCUUGUUGCAGAGGACCUCCAAGUCAGAAACACAAAAUCAAGUUCAAGAAAAACCCAAGCGAGAUGAAUACGAUGUGCUGGUUAGAGAGCUUGGAUUUGAAAUGAAGAUGCAGCCCUCGGAUAGGAUGAAAACUGAAGAAGAGUUGGCAAAGGAAGACCAAGAGAAACUCCUGCAAUUAGAGGCUGACCGCUUACGCCGAAUGAACGGGGAGGAACCAGCGGACAGCGGAAAGAAACCAAAGCACGUGUCAGCCGACGAUUUGGCGGAUGGGUUUCUCCUUGCCAUGGAUGAUCCACCCUUGCUGUCUUACGACAAGGACAAGGAUGAUGAAGAUGGGAAGGAGGACAAUAGCGAGAACAAAGAAAGCGAAGAAGAGUCUGAUACGGAAACUGAUGCCACUAAUGAUCCCUCCGAAGGUGACACUGAUGAAGAGACGAUCAUGGGGAAGGUGCUUUCAAAGGGGAAAAAGCAAAUUGAGAAGCGAAAUGCUGUCAAGGAGGCUGCCCAGCUGGAGUUGCCAUAUUUGUUUGCUGCUCCUGAAUCGUAUGAGCAGCUUCAGUCUUUAAUGUUGGGAAGAACAACAGAAGAACAAAUGCAUAUCAUAGAGAGAAUUCGGAAGAGCAAUCAUCCCAGUCUUGCCAUGGGGAACAAAGCAAAGUUAGAAAAACUACUUGGAUUUCUUUUGGAGUAUGUUGGAGAGUUGGCUCGUAAGGAGCCACCAGAUCUGAAAACCAUUGACAAGCUUGUCAUAAUCUUGUUUGAGCUUUGCCAAAUGUUUCCUAAAGCUGCAAGUAAUCAUAUGAAGCUUCUCCUUCAAGAUGCUACACAUAGCAUGGAAGAAAUUCUAGAAGAGAAUGGUCUUCUCGCAUUUCCAGAGUUAGACACGCUGCUGUAUUUGAAAAUUAUUACUGUUCUUUUUCCAACUUCCGAUUUCUGGCAUCCGGUAGUAACACCGUCACUGGUUUAUAUGAGCCAACUACUUACAAAGUGCACAGUAAGAACUGAGCAAGACGUUGCGAAAGGAUUGUUUGUUUGCUGUCUGUUCCUGGAGUAUACAUCCGUGUCUCAAAGAUUCGUCCCAGAACUGGUCAAUUUUCUCCUGGGAGUCCUUCAUCUGGCCGUACCUGGCAAGGAAGUCCAAGGUUAUACUUUGUUGCCUCCUUUUGUGUCACUAGGAAAACACUCAAACUUGCUCGUGGCCCGUGAAACAGCAGGGACCGAAACGUGGCAAAAGCAGAGUAUGCCACUCCAUAUCUUAAGUAGGUUGAAAGGGAAAAGCAAGACAGAAAUGAAUGAUCUGAGAUUGUCAUGCAUAGCUCUGUGUCUGGAUCUUGUUAAAAGAUGUGCAGUUCUUUAUGGGGCGCUCCCGUCCUUCCGUGAAAUCAUGGGCCCCCUCCGGAUGCUCCUUUCCUCAUUCACAGCUCAUUCAGUCCAGUAUCCUGUACAGCUUCAGGCGUUACAUGGCAGCGUUCUGGAGAGGCUGGACGUCCACAGGCAGUACAGCCCACUGGUCUGUGAAGAGAGGAAACCUGUUCCUUUGAAGCUGUAUACUCCAAAAAUAGUGAAAGUGCUAGAAUUUGGGAGAAAACAAAGCAGCAGCAAGGAAGAGCAGGAAGGAAGGCGCCUCGUUCACAAGCACCGGCGUGAGCUCAAGGGAGCCGUGCGUGAGAUCCGCAGAGACAGUCAGUUCCUUGCGAAGAUGCGGCUUGCGGAAAUCACGGAAAGGGAUUCUGAAAGAAAAAGAAAAGUGAAACAACUCUUCCAAAGUCUUGCUCAGCAGGAAGGAGAUUGGAAAGCCACAAAAAGAAAAAAGUUUUAAAUAUUCAGAUAUGUUGCACAGAAGAAAACCAAGAAUGUUCAAGUGGUUACAAUUGCUUGGAAUAUUUUGAUCAUUUUAAAUGGGGGUAUAGUACUUCGAGAUUAAAAAAAUAGAUCUCCACAAAUACAUUCUUGUAAGGGAGAAAUCAUUUUCUAAAUAAAAUUGUAUAAUAUAUUUGAUAAA